CCUCUCAACCUGUUAAUCCCCAUUUUCUGAAACUCAUCCGAUAGUCUGAAAAUGGAUCGUCAAGUAAUCCUCCUGUUGACAAUAGUUUGUUGUGCUAGUGCAUCAAUCGACCACAAACAGAUAACCGGGCUGAAUAAACUCCUGGGGCUCGGAGACAAAGCGUACGCUACCUGCAACAUUGUCCUGUUCACUGAGCUGGUGCAGUACGAAGAAGCGAGCGCUAACUGCAAGAAAUUCAACCUUGGUGCCGGAUUAGGCGAAGAAGGAAGGCUGGCUACAGUUGAUGACGAGGAAAAGAACCAUGAUCUGAUGGCGCUUCUAGAAAAAGCUUACCCGAUUGUAGAUCAAGACGACAAAUCACCUUGGACCAGCAAAAAGUGGGUGUGGUCUGGUCUCAGAAAGACAAAGAACAACGACGUCGUUGGGCUGAAGCGAGGAGACUACGAUCCCUUGGAUUGGGAAUGGGCAGACGGAUCACAUCCACUUGACUUCCAAAGGUGGUUCAACUUUGAUAACCGUAAGAAAGCACAGCCAGACCAAUAUUCUUUGAAAUAUGGCAAGAAGUCAUCAUCAGAUAAGAAGUGCGAUGAAAAACCCAGAUGUUACCAGAACCAGAUGAGGAUCAACCACGAUGGUUUGUGGGACGACACAUUCAAACAACUGGAACAUCCCUACGCCUGUGACUACCAGGGCAAAUAUGUCCUGUCCAAAGAACAGUUGAAAUGGGUAGAUGCUAAAGAGGCAUGCGAAGAAGCAGGACUUCAUCUUGCUAAAAUCCGCAGCAACGAAGAGGUUGAGGAGAUCUUGGCAGCCAUGGUUCAUUUCCUCGGCCCGGUCGAGGAACUAACGGAAGAUAACGAAUGGGUCGACACAAACUGGCUUUGGGUAGGAGGAAGUGAUGCAGGAGAAGAGGGUACUUGGGUAUGGACGGAUGGAGAACUCGUGCUACCUGAAAAGGGUAGUGAUUGGGUAUUCCCCUGGCAUGAGAAGAAGGGAAACGAUAAUGGGAGCAGAAAAUUGCGGAAAAAGGGCGGACAGGAUGCUCUUUCAUUCUCCCGAUGGGGAGAAUUCGAUGACUCUCACAUUGACAACAUGGAGACCAUGCGCCCAUUUGCUUGCCAGUGUCCAGAGGAUGUGGGCUUGCACAUUCAUUAGUUAAUUAACAUGAAACAUUUCGUGAAUCCUCUUCGAUAUAUCUAUGAAUCAUUAUUUUCUUAAUAAGGGGAUCAAUUUUAGUAUCAAUAAAGAUGAAACGGUUGAAAACAUUAUUAUUAAUUAUAUAAUAUUAUAUUAUACAUCAUUUUAAAAAGGGCA